AUGAAAGCUGAGGAUCGAUCGAGCUUCACCCGAUGCGAGUGGAGCGGCGGGAAUCUUGAACUCCGAACGGGGAUUGGCCAGUCAGCAGGGAGAGCGAGCCAGCGGCCAGGCGGCCGGCGCUCCGGGGAAACGCGCAGCCCGGCCAGGCUGGUGGGGAGGAGGUCCCCGGGCGAGGGGCGUGCGCUGGGUGCGCCCCGGGGAGACCGGGCCACAUGUUCCCGGGCCGGGGCGGGCGCGCGGACCCGCAGUCGGCGGGGCGGGGGACGCCCUCCCCUUCCACGCCCAGCGAGCGCUGAAACUGUGCGGCCGAAGAGUCCUAGCUCUCCCCACCGCCUCGGCGCGGGCCCGCGCACCCCCGCCCCGGCCCCCAGCACGCCCCGAGGGCGCCAGGAUGGGAGUGGAACGGGCAAAUUCAGGGGUUUGCUGUGGAGGCAUCGCGCGUGGGACAGCAGCCUGCGACUGGCGAGACCAAGGAAACUCAAUGCCGGGGUGCUGGCUGGACCUAGCGGAAACUUAGGUCUCCGGCAGCCAGGAACCUUGCCACCCUUGGCCCACCACGGAAUUUGUAGAGGAACUAACUACCCAGGAGCGGUGUAUGAGGCGACAGCGGCGUGCAGACCCGCUUUGGGACAGGUUAUAAACAUCUUCCUUUUCAAGAACGCUCAAGCCAGUCUAAGAUCUGAGGCACCGGUGAGGAGAUAACAACAGCCAAUUAUCCUACCUUGGUAUGCUGAGCAACUUAACCUUGAAGCAGAAUUAACUCUUAUCAGUGGUCUUAUUAGUGGCCUUAAAACACAGGGAUGGGGAUGCUCAAAGAUAAUUUAGUAAGUAUGAUUAAUUUUUCAAUGAUUCCAGAGCUCAAAGAGUUCUGUAAGUGAACCCUCUGCCCCAAAACUGAAGAUGGUUUUCAUGUAUCAGAAAAUUCUGCCUUAAUUUAACCUAAAUUCUUAAGGGCUUUUAAACCCAUUUUCCUCCCAAGUUCUGCAUUAAGUCACUCUCCUUCCUUAUAAUUAAAAUGUUUGCAGAAACUGUUGCCAUCUAGCCUUCUGUUCUUUAAACAUUUACUUUUCUCCCUUAUUUCCUAUUUUUAAGUCAGCUUUGCUGUUCUUCUGAACCCUUUCAUUAUCUUCAUGUCUUUCUUACUGAAAGUCAAACAUAUCAAAAGACUUCCCACAUUAAAUAAAUUUCUGUUUUAUCUUUAAUGGAACACUGUGUUUGUUAUUAGUUUCAUUCAGUUGACUUGGAGCUGCCGCAUCUCAUUUCUAACAUUCAGUAAGGCAGGCCCUCAGUUUCAGAAAAUGAGUCACCAUCGACUCUCUAAGUUAGAGUAGUGGUAACAACCCUUGGGAAAAAGAUGCUAAGCUCUGAAGUGACUUGGCAUCUUGUUUCUGUGGAGGGCAGAGGCAGCACAGAUUUUAAUAAAAGCUAGUUCUUUGCCUGGUUCGCCACCAAUUAAAAGACUACAAAUGUGAUACACAGAACCAGACCAACUUAUUUGCUGUACGUCAUUGUCUGCAGCAAUGUUUUCAGGAGAAUCAUGGUCAAGCCUUGAUGUUCUUUUCAAAAGAAAAAUAAAACCUAUCUAAGCAAGAACAUUAAAACCAUUGUUAUUCAUAAUUUGUUCUCUUCAGUAUUCACAGAAGUCCUGUGACUAAUGUUAAAGCUGCAAUAUACAAUUCCACAUGUAUACAUACCUUUAUUAAAAGAUUUCAAAAAGAAUUAUCAUAAGGAGAGCUUUGGUAUCCUAGAGUAGAGAGGAAUUUAGAGCAUAUUGGGAAAAUGUUUAUACACUGUUUUAAAAAUUGGCACAUUGUGAAGUUUUUCAACAACAAACUGCUACUAUACAUUUCUUAAAUAACUAAAGUACAUAGAACAGAAAAUUAAUAUUGUAUCAUCACCUUUUUUCAUUAAAAUUCACCUUUUGGAUGGGUUUUAGAUGUUUGCAACUAGAAUAAUUAGGUAAGAAACAAAUGAAAGCAUGAAUGAUCCAACAAAGAACACUAUAUAGAAAAUUUUAUCUUUUCAUUCAGUUUAUGCAAUUGACAAUUUUGUUGUAGAAAACUGUUUCUGCUUUAUUUAGUCUUGACUUAAAUGACUUACAGUUGAACUAAGUAAGUCAUUUCCAGCUUGCCGAUAUCAAGAAACUAACUUUCUUGCCAUGCUUCAUGGUGAAUGUUAAAUAUUAGUCUCAGAAUUUUGAAUUCAAAAUUUCCUGGGAAGCCACUAUUUUUCUAAUUUUUGUUUUUUCCUGUCCAUAAGUUUUACCUACUAUAUUGAACAUAUAAUUUUUGAGAACACUACUUACUAUUUUCUAUAUUUAUAAUCAUAUUAAAACAGGAAGGGAUCUUAAGUAUCACCUAAUUCAACAUUAAGCAGGAAAGGAUGCUCCCAAAGACUGUAUUUUGUUUGAAGUAGCAGAGAAUGAUUAUUAAAGUAUUUUUUAAGUUCAGAUUUGUUUGCGUAUAGCCUUUAUGUUUGCCAUUGAGAAAGGGAAGCAAAAAGCACAAUCACUUCAUAUUAGUACAUUCGUAACACAGAAGUGUAGCUAGAUUUCCUAAAUUCUUAUCAUCUGUUAUCUUUCAUGUUAAUGGGAGUGAACUUCUAUGGGAGAUAAUAUAUACACAUAUGUAGUAAAAAGGAAAGAAGCUUUGGAACUAGAAAGCAAGAAGCUAAGCGGUUUUGGUCCCAACAUUUAAUAGUAAAUAAUUUGACAUAAAUAAUUCAUGUCCUUAGAUUGUUUCCUCCUCCUCUUGUGAAAGGGUUGGACUAGAAGAUUCUUGAUUUUGAUUUUUAUUCCAAAUUGACUUUGUUCUUGCCUUGUUCUUCAGAAAUUUGGCUAUUGCUAUCUAACAGUACAUAGUCAAGUCAAAAGGUCUUUUAAUAAUUCCAAAACAUGGAGAGCAUCUCCUAGCACAGUGGCUAACAGAGACAGCAUUUGUCUUUGGAAAAAUGGGCCUACAUCUACUGAGUACCUAAUAUAAACAAAUGCCCUAAUUUAAUCUUCCCAUGAGAUGAAGAGGGAACGAGGGAUCCAGUAAAGCUACACAUAUACUGACAGUGCCAGAUUACAAGGCCCAUUUUCUGCUAUACUCUGAAACAUCUAAGAAAUUUCUGUAUUUAGUAAAAAAUGUAGGUAAUACCAAUGGAUUUAAAAUGUGCAUACUUACAUUUGAGUAGAGUUAGGCUUGAUCAAAUCCCUCCUGUGAAACCUAUGAAGGGAGACGUGGGUAGCGGAUGGAGGAUCUAGUGAUUUAACCAGCUCCUCCAAUUUAAUCUCGCUCUGAAUCACUUGCGUUGAAAAUAGCUCUUUUUUAGAUGCAUAGCAAAUAUAAGUAGUACGGCUUUAUGUAGAAGAGGAAGAUUAAGUGUAAUAUUUAGGUUUCAGAUAAGCUUGUUAGUAAUUGAAGCUAGAUUCAAAGUAGAAGUAAAACACAAGGAACAACUGGAUGUUAAUAAAACACUAGUUCUAGGGUAGAAGAGCCUGCCCUCCUCUUACUGCAGGAAAUCAUCUAAUAUUUCCAAUAGCUUUCUUGCCUUUGCUUGGACAUUUCCAGUGAUGAAACAUUCAUGAACUCCUAAUGCUGCCCAUUUGAUCUUUGGACCUUUAAAAAUAUAUAUGAAGUAGCACUUUCUUGCAAAUUGAAAUCUGCCUUGCCAUAAUAUCCAUGUAAAGGUUUUUUAUUUGCCCUCGGGUGUUAUGUAAGUAAGAUA